AUGGACUACUUUCCCUCAUGUAACCCUAAUUCUUGUGAGUCUUCAUCUGCACCAAAUACUGUCAAAGAGAAGAAGAAGGGUGGUGGGAAGAGAGGCAAAACACUGAAGCUCUCGACUGACCCACAAAGUGUGGCGGCAAGGCAAAGGAGGCACAGAAUAAGUGACAGGUUCAAGAUCUUGCAGAGCUUGGUCCCUGGUGGGUCUAAGAUGGACACUGUGUCCAUGUUAGAGGAAGCCAUUCACUAUGUUAAGUUCCUCAAGACUCAGAUAUGGCUUCGCCAGGCCAUGAUCAACUUUGUUGACGAUGACCCAUCUCUGUUCCUGCUACCUAGUUUUCUUCCUUCUCAGCAGACUGAUCUCUACUCGCAAUCCAGCUUAGGGGGUCAAAUGCAAUUAUCACCAGACCUAGGGUUUCCUGAUUCAUGGCUUCAAGGUGAAAAAACUAUGCCUUUUGAUGCAUCAAUGAUCUAUUAG